CGUCUUUUCGUUGUCAAAAUGGGGAGUGCCAGAAUCUGUGGUUAGGUUUCAUUUGAGCUAGAUAAGUGUGUUAAUUCUAUCAUUGUACGUUUUGUAAUCGCUUUCAUCGUAACUAUGGAUCCUGCUGUCUUCCCUGAGGAAAUCUGGAUUGAAAUCUUAUUAUACUGUGAUGUACCUGAUAUUAUCGCUUUCGGAAGCACCUGCAAAUACCUGCGAAAAACUUCGGAUAAUGAUUACUUAUGGAAAAUGAAAUGGUUGCAGUUGCUGUCAAAAGUACAAUUUAGAUUCCCAGACAUUAAAUGUCUGCAGCUGCUUGGUGUAAGUUUUAAAGCGACAUGCUACAGGCUGCAUAUGGUCCUCACACUAGGAGAAGCUUUUCCUUUUCCAAAAUGCUGCCACUGUAGUGGUUACACAUGUCAGAGAAACUGUGUGGAGAGCUCUAGUGCUAAAGUAGUCUUAGAAAUUGGCAACAAAUUCACCUGGGUAAUCACCCCACAGAUUGGUUUAAAGAGGCACUUUUCGAUGUUCGGCAUUCCCAAAUACAAUGACGAAAUGCACGCCGAACAAACACAGUUACAAAAUAAUAUUCCGAGUUGUAGUGGUCGAGCCAAGGACAGCAAAUCGCUGGCGAAAACGCUCAAGUUCAUGAAACUCUCGGAAUUAACUAUCACGACCAAAAUGCCACGACCGAGUGGACCUUUUUGCGUCUUUUGUAAUUCGCUGAAACUAUAUCGAGAGAAAAGGAGAUUGGCUACACAUCCGAAUGAUGCCUCUUAUACUCAUUCCAAUCCAGUCGAUCAGAAAUUAGUCAAUGGGUACUGCACUGAUGCAGUUGAUGUAUUGGGAAUUCCGAAUGUGGAUGUAGUUUGUCCGGCAGAAGCUUUGCUUUGUGAUGGAUCUUUUUCGGUACUAAAAAUUUAUAUUGAUCAUCUGUUCCAUCAAAUGGGACUAACAACAACGCUUCGGAAACCGAACGCGGUACUCAUGUUCUGCGAACCUCUGGCCAUGCAUCCCUCACUUAGGAAACAGUUGCUUCACUAUUUGUUUCAGGAAGUCAAAGUUGCCAGGGUAUGCUUAGUUCCAAAACCGUUGGCAGCAUGUGCGAUGUUGGAUAUAGAAACGUGUGUUGUGAUAGACAGCGGAGCUCUAAGUACAACUGUAGCGGUUGUAAUCGGUGGAAGAGUAGUUCCUCAUCGAUGGAAACUACUUCCCGUAGGGGGUUGGCACGUCGCGUGUCAUUUAAAAAAUGCACUUUACUGGCAGGCAAAGGAGUAUCACCAAAUUCCAAUAUCGUUCCUAGACUACAUGGCCGUUAAAGAAAAAUGCAGGCUUAAUUACAGGGACGAGAAUGAGGAAAGGAAAAUGAGGGAAAAUGACAAGAAGAUGAAAGAUAAUGAUAGAAAGAUGAAGAAAGAGAACAUAAAAUUCAAGGUCGAUACAUAUGCGGAUUACAAACAAUUCUGGAGAGUCUCAUUAGGAGAAGAACUUUUCGUUGCUCCGGAGAUGAUGUACAUCAGUCUAGGCUUACCUCAAGUAAUUAAGGAUGUUACUUCAGGCCUUUCAGAAGAAGUCUUGCAGGAUUGCCUCUCCCAUAUUCUGCUAACAGGAGGCAACACGGAUUUGUCAGGAUUUAAUCUUCGACUAUCGAAAGACUUAAGAGAAUUGCUCCCAGAGUACAGUCAUAUUCUAGAAGUUAGAAGUUGCCCAGGUACACACAGCUGGAAUGCUGCGAUGGGCUCGACUUAUGUUUCUUUGGAAGUUCAUCCAGAUAAAACACCGCCAGAAUACGUUGAGGGACAUCCAUUUUGGCUUUCACGAGAAGAAUACGUGCUUUUCGGUUGCCAAUCUUUGGAGCAACAAAGGAGAAGUAAAGUCGCCACUUUCGAAUAAGAGCGAGUUAAAAUUAUACCCGAAUUUAAAGCCCCCCUCCAUAAUAUCACAUAAUAUCAGAAAAGUAAAUGUUACCAUUAUAUAAUAUAUUUUAUCCCAUGUUGUCUAUGAACUCAUAAAUCGGAUUGAAGGCAGGACCCAUUCAUUUUCUGAGCGUCCAGUGAAGCGCUUUGAACAUUUGUUGAUUUUUAAAUAAUUUCUAUCACGUACUAUUAUUAACCAAAUUUGUACAAAUUAAUAACAUAAAUUGCAUUUAAAUUAAGAUCACGCAUGAAUAAAAUAAAUUGUAUAUUUGUUUAUAUUCUCAUCAAAUAUAUCUAAGGUAUAGGAUGAGAACGUAUCGGUUUUUAUGUAAUAAUUUGACUAGAGCUGCGCUUUAAGUUUGAAAAAUAUCAUUUUCAUUCAUAUUGUUAUGUUAGUUUAUCCUUCAGAGUAUAUUAGCUAUAUAUAUUCAAAUAACUUGAAGCUUGUAAGGCAGAAAGAAUCUAGAUUUUCAUAAAAUUUCAACUUUCUGCACCACCCGUUUGUCACUUUGAUGACAAACGAAAAUCACUCUUUGGCAAGUAUCGACACUACAAAAAUUGAAAUGUGUUUGAAUUUCAAUUAAUUUUUAUUUGUUUACGUAAUAUAAUGUUAAAUAUUUUUACGGUUCACUCUAAUAAGUAUUAUUAUUUUUUCCAAAAAGAAAACCAUGUGUUCAAAUGACUCCGAUCAAAACUUUUGUUAAACAUUUUUAAUAAUGUUCUCCUUAUUUUAUUUUAAAAAUGUUAUUUCGAGUUGUAUUUUCGAAAACAGAUUCUAUUUCUUGAAUUCCGUUUCAUUUUUAAAUGUAAGGCUAAA